AUGUGGGACCGUGCCCUGACUACACGAUUUUUCUUUCCCAUCCUCGCCUGCACAAGCAGGUUUGGAACCCUAAGAGCAAGAGCGAUGGGAAGACUCUAUUCUAAUUCUAUUCUGUCAGACGAUUUCUUUAUCAUUGUAAUUACAAUCUUCGCCACCCUUCACAGAAGGACGUCGUUCAACCUAGGGCUAACGCGCCUAGCGUUUUACGACAUCGGCUUAAAAGCAUACAGUCAAGCUCGUAGUCAAUCCCUCAAAUCCUCACGGUACUAUAGGUACGGAGGUACGGCAAACGGGCUCACAAGUCGUGGGAGUAACUUCAAGGUGAAUUUGAGCAGUUGGACUAUCUCAGAAGGAUACUUGAUGAAGGCAUGGUCGGACCAAGAUUACAACAACAUCGUUGAUUAUGUAUUAGCAAUUCACAACUUUCCCAAAGGGAAGCAUAAGUUCUCACAGCAAUCU